AUGUUCGUGCCCCGGUGCCACGCGUGUCCGUGCCCUGGUGCCACGCGUGUCCGUGCCCUGGUCCCACGUGUGUCCGUGCCCCCGUUGCAGGCGGAGAACCCGUCGUUCCCCAACCCUCGGCGGCGGCUGCGCCUGCGGGACCUGGCGGAGCGCGUGAUGGACGCGGCGCAGAACGAGCAGGAGCUGCACAGGCUGCUCAACGAGGCCCUGCUUGAGAGGGAGUCCUUCCAGGCGCUGAAGGGUCGCAGCACGUUCCCGCUGUCGCUGCGGUUCCGGGACGCGGCCAUGGAGUCCCGCUACGCCCUGGAGCGGGAGAAGCAGAGCGGGGCCGCCCUGGGCUGCUCCUGCCUCGUCCUGCUCUUCACUGCCCUCCUCCACGCCCUGCGAGACCCCUGGUUGGUGGCCAACUACGUGAGCUUCGCCGUGGGGGAGGCGCUGCUGCUCCUGCUGACCCUCUGCUCGCUGGCAGCCCUGUUCCCGAGG